AACGAGAUACGCUUUAUCAUAUGGGGAUGUAGUGUUACGCAAACGAGCUUUCUAAUGUAGAGAACGAAAGAUAAUAUCCCGAACAAGUUCGGGCGAAACCCGCAGGAUCUGUCUUAGGGGCCAAAAAUAACAGCGUUCCACACAUAUGGGCAACGCCAUCCUGUAUACCUAUAGCCGGAUAAGGCUUUCAACUACGUAAGGUAUAGCACCGUAUUUAACGUUUAAGGUGGAAUGUAUAUCUUUUCACGGUUUCACGCUUCUUUCCAAUACCACGCCCUUCCGUAAUUACGCGUUGUCGGAAAGUAUCACGAUGGCUUACACUAAAGAACUGUUGAUGGGUCUGGCAAUCGCCUUCAUCAUUGUACCUUCAAUUUUCGUCGGACUGAGAAUGUGGGCAAGAAAGCUUAAAUGUACUGCGUUACGGCUGGAUGAUUAUCUAUGCUUAGGAGCGUUGGCUUUUGGUAUUGUCUGCUCCGCCUUACAGGUAUAUGCUGCUAGUAAUGGGCAACUAGGCCAGCAUCAAGUUGUUGGACCGGAUGGCCAGCCUAUCCUAGAUGACCCACGUUUCCUUGUUUAUGAAAAGACGAAAUUCGCCGUCAAUAUCCUGAGCGUUAUCGGCCUGGGGCUAGUGAAAGCGUCGAUCCUCAUCUUCUACAAGGGCAUAUUCAACACCGUUCGCCCUUUCCGUUGGGCUGUGUACGGAAUGCUCGGAAUUGUCGCAGCAUGGACGAUUUCUUACUUCUUCGCCAAUUUAUUCACAUGCUAUCCCAUCACACCUCUCAUAGAACCGUUCUAUGGCAAAAAUUGCAUCAACUCCAUCCCGAUGUGGCUUUCUGUCGUCGCCACCGAUCUGAUUGUCGAUAUCGGGAUCUUACUCAUGCCGGUUCCCAUGGUUUUGAGGCUUCAGCUGCCCUUGAAAGCCAGGCUAGGGCUGCUCGGAAUGUUUUUGCUUGGUGCAACUGUCUGCGCAAUCAGCAUUACCCGGCUUGCCACGUUAGUCCAAAUUGCUGCGGAGUUUAUCUACCAUUACAAUGAUGAGACAUACUACACGUCACCGGUUUUCUUUUGGACUAACAUAGAAUUGGCGAUUGCUGUGGUAUCGGCCUGUCUUCCCACGUUGCGACCUAUAUGGGUUCAUUUCAACUCGCCUCCGCAGUCCACAAGCCAGUCGUCGUAUACGUUCGGGUCGUAUAAACCCGAUGGGUAUACACGUGGUUUAAUACCCCUUUCGGAUCGUGAGCAAAUAUAGAUAGGCGGACAGAUUAAUGGCAGAAUCAUAUUGAUGUUUAUGCCUAUAUCUACCAGCAAUCGCUACAAUUAAAAUAAUAUUUAAUUCAAUUAGUUAAUUUAAUUGAGGUAACCAUUGUAAAUAAGGCUUUU